CAAUGUCGAUCUUGUUCUCUGGAUGAAUCUGGAAAUUGAGCUUUUCUAUUAGUGAUUUGAAUGUAAAAAUAUUGUUUAAAAUUGCCUUUGAAAUUUUUAUUUUUGUGUAGUCGCGAGAGAUUUCUUGAACUUUUGCAAUUUUUUGCGAGCCGUUACGAGCGGCGGAUUAUCUGCAUCUAGUAUAACCAGUUGUAGCAUAACUGUAUGCAGCAUAACCCUUGUAAAAUUUUGUCCUGGCAAGGGAAAUUUAAACAGCCGAGUUGCUGCUUGUAUAUUGUAGUCGCGAGAGAUUUCUCGGAUUAUCUGCUUCCAGUAUAACCAGAUGUAGCAUAACUGGAUGCAGCAUAAACCUUGUAAAAUUUUGUCAUGGCAAGGGAAAUUUAAACAGCUGAGUUGCUUCUUGUAUAUUGUGGCUUGAUUUCGAAAGUGCAGAAAAACACGCUUUUAUUGUGCGUCUGCAACAUGUAUAUUGUUUUCUAGGUUGUUGCACAGUUGUUUGUUUGUUGAAACCCUACGGCUUUGCUUGGCAAGAGCCGGAUUAACUUCCUUUUGCCCUAAAUGCCAUUUUUUGGGGUUUUUAAAUUGUUUUUAUGUUUUGAUUUGCAUUUGAAGCCAUUUUUGUGAUCGAUGCUUUAAUGACGACCCGCCAUUAGCGCUUUGUGGGAGAUUUUUGGUAGGUACCGUCUUGAGUUGGGGUUUUCUAAUGCUGCUUUGUGACGUUUUCUGUGAAAAGAGCUCGUUUGCGUGUAACCGUAGGGUUUGCGUGAUUAAAAGAGUUACUACGGCAAUAAAAUUCUUCAACUGAGCAGAUUAUCUAGAUUAUUUGGCGUGGAAAUAUCUUGGCGAAACUAACACGUUAGGUGUCGUUAGGUUUGGACAUCGACAAAUCAGAGAGUUUUGCUUAGACUGCGUACAGGAAGAGUUUAAAUAAUAAUCAAUAAGACAAACAGAUUGCUAAAGCUCUGCUUGAUUCAGUCAUGAGUCGCCCACAUGAUGGUCAUUCCAUGUUCCCAUAUUUCUCCGGUCCCUUAAGAAUGGUCGGUCCUAAACGGUCAUCGAAUCAAUCUUCAAAGCUGGAUCAAACAUUAAAUGCUUUUGAGACUGCCUUGACACAAAGAUUGAACCAUCUUAAGACUAAGGAUCCCGAGGGUUUUUUAACUUUAUCAUGGAUGCAGCAGGCCAUGGAGGCUUUGUCCGCAACGCACAAGGAUCUAAAGACCGUAAUUGAAGACCUUAAAUUCCCUGCAACAGAGUGGGAGCAGAAAUGGAUGGACCAAUAUCUGGAUGAUACUCUGAAGGUAAUGGACAUUUGUAUUGCAUUAAAUGCAGAAAUCUCAAAGCUCCAGGAGUCCCAGCUUCUUGUCCAGUAUGUUUUGCACAUCUUGGCCUUCUCUGGCGGCAGUGUUCCAUGUGCAGACAAGCUAGAUCGGGCCAAGGGUUCUCUCCGUGAUUUGAUGGAAAAAUCCGAUAUGAAGAGGAAAAAAGAAAAUGGUGCAAUUUCAAUGAGAAAUUGUAAGAUUGAAAAUUGCACUCGAAUAUUACAGGGUCUGAGAAAUGGGCUUCAGUUUGGGAAGGUGAAAUCUUCCACAAAGGGCAAGGUUUUCUUGAGGGCUAUGUAUGGAGUGAAGGCCACAACAAUAUUUGUUUGCAGCGUUGUGGCGUCAGCACUCUCUGGUUCUCUUGCCCCGUUGAUUGAAGUGCAAGUUCCUGAUCAAUUCUUGUGGUCAGAUGUUUUCAUGAGUUUGCAGAAGGAGAUUCAUGAAGAAAUAAAGGCUUCUUUUGCCAAGGAAGGUGCUGCAAUUUUGAAAGAUUUGGAGAUCUUGGGUGCUCCCAUUGAAAGCAUGUACUCUGUUGUGGAGAAGCUGCCUGCUGGCACUUUUCUUAAAACAGGGGAUUCCAACUAUGAGAAAAUAAGAAUCGCUACAGAAAAGCUACGACAUGGUGUGCAAUUGCUUGCCCAGGGAUUAGAUCCUCUCACGAAACAGGUCAAUGACUUCUUCCAGAUUGUUUUGAAUGGAAGAAAUGAAUUGCUUGACAGUCUCAGGUUAACUGGAAAUGAGGAUGAACAUAAGGGAGAUGAUUUUUUACGUCAUGUACAAAAAUUAAGGUAAAAAAUGUUUCCUUGUAUCUUGGCGUUGUGGGGAAAUCUCCGAUCUCCUUUAUAAAUGUUUAUUUCUAUGAAAACAACAGUCAUGUAUGUUCUAGGGGUUGUGUGUUGUCUUGUAGGAUUUGUCUGGCUUUUGAAUUUAUAUUAUUGCAUGGCAAUAUAUUUGUAUCAUUUGUGUUAUAUCAAAAUAUGCAUGGGAAAGAAAUUUCUGGGCAUCAUGAUUUCUAUAAGUUGAGUAGGAUACACUGCUUUUAUCAGCUUACAUGGAAGCUGUGUUGUAAUAGAUAUGUCGUCCACCAUACGUUCAAGAUUCAUAAUUCAUCUUUCUGGUAUAUCAGUAUUUCCUUU